UCAGAUUUUGCAGCAGUAAAUGAGAUUACAGGACGAAUCCCUCAGAUGAUCCAAAUUCCUCUCUCGCUUGUGGUUUAAUCCCAAUCCCGCAGAAACAGAGUCCCCAUCAUGUGAGAUUAUGAUCGGUGGAGGAGGGAGGGCGGGAUUGUGGAGGCAGCAGCGGACAGAGGUGGGACGUCCUCCCGGGGAGAGGAGGGAGAAGAAGUGGCUGCAAACUCCGACCGCCUCUCUCAGUCAUGCGCCUCGGCUUUUAAAGGACUCCCGGCUACUGCUGGUUCUGGUUCUGCUGGGCAGCGGGGCUUUAUUUCAAAAAGUGAAGAAGAGUUGGACCGAGCAGUGAGGAAGAGGAGGAUACUUUUCCAGGUUACCGGAUCUUGCUGCAUUCCAACCCCGGAGCGCAGCGCUCAGGACUCGGACCCGGCGCGCUCCGUCUCUCCGGAUUUCUUUCAUUCUUAUUUUUUGUUUUUUAUAUAUAUUCAUACAUUCGCUUCUUCUGGCUCUGUUGGAUCUCUGCAGCGAUGACGCACAAAGGGAAUCGCUUUUAUUUCUAACUAGAAACGCUUAAAAGCACAGAGGGGGGUUUCUCCUCCGGAGUGGAUCUGGAUUUCUCGCCCGCUGCAGGUCCGACCAUGAGCGCCGGAUGGUGGGUGUUUGUUGGCGCUCUGGUGGGGGUCCUCACCGUCCCAAAAGCGGCACACGGAGCUUGUCUCUUCGAGGGAUCUCUCUACGCGAACAACUCAUCAUGGCGGCCCGAGGCGUGUCAGGAGUGUACCUGCUACAGCGACGUUUCCAUCUGCAGGCCGGUCCACUGCCCAAACCCCCAGUGUGACUUCCAAAGGGGUGAAUUUCUGAGGAUUCCUGCCAACAAGUGCUGUCCAGAGUGCGUCUCCUCAUCCCAGGACUCCUGCCAGUACGAAGGAGUUACUUACGGGCACGACAGCCAGUGGAGUCCCUCUCCCUGCUCGGUGUGUGUUUGCUCCAAAGGGAGUGUGUCCUGCCACGCCCGGCCCUGCCCACAAGUCACCUGUUCGCCGGACCAGACCCCGUUCAUCGCAGCUGGGGAUUGCUGCCCCAAGUGCGGCAGUAAUGGAGAGUCUUGCUCCUGGCAGGGUGUGGGCUACAGGGACGGAGAGGAGUGGGAGCCCGGCUUGUGUACCAGAUGUGUGUGCAGCAGUGGGAAGGCCCAGUGUUCGGUGGUGGAGUGUCAGCAAGUGGCCUGCAGACCACAUGAGAACCUGGUGAUCCAGCCAGGCCAAUGCUGUCCCCAGUGCGUGUCCAACCCUUGUCUCUCUGCUGGAACUCAAUACCAGCACGGGGAGCAGUGGCAGAAGGACGCCUGCACUGCAUGCGUGUGCGACCGGGGUCAGUCGAAAUGUCACACAGACACCUGUCGGCCAGCCGUCUGCGACAAGGGUCUGACCAAAGUGAGGCGCGCCGGUCGGUGCUGCGACGAAUGUGCUCCUGCCAAAGGAAGCUGCCUGUACGAGGGUGAGGUGCGUUACCAUGGAGACAUGUGGAACGGCACCGGCUGCGAGUUCUGCGCCUGUAACCGGGGCCAAGUGGUCUGUCGGAAGGCCGAGUGCGGCCAUGUUGGAUGUCCACAGGAAUCAGAGCUUGUUCAUCUGCCGGGAAAAUGCUGUCCAGAAUGUUCUUCGUUGAAGCCUUCCUGUCUCUAUGAAGGGAAAUCGUUCAAGAAUCGGGCUCGCUGGACCGAUGGCAGCUGCCGCGAGUGUGAAUGCCACAAUACCCGGGUGACUUGUUAUCUGCGCUCCUGCCCCACUUGCCCGCCAGGAAGUCUGGCUGUCGUAAAGGAAGGCCGAUGCUGCCCCGAGUGUCAGCAGGCUCAGUGCCAUGGAGACUGCCUCUCCUGUUUGGGGACUCCGGAGCGCUGCGAGAGCUGCAGAGACCCCAAAUCUUUCCUCCAUCUUGGUCGAUGUCUGUCCGUCUGUCCGGAGGGUUACGCCGCCGAGGGACGAGUGUGUGCAGCCUGCCCACAGUCCUGUGCCACCUGUUCCAGUCGGUGGGAUUGCCAGUCCUGUGGCUCCCAGUUGCCCUUACUGGGCCCAGACAGAGACCAGUGCUUGAAUUCCUGUCCUGCUGGUUCCUACCAGCACGACAACGCACACUGUCGCCGUUGCCACGCGUCAUGUUCUGAAUGCCGCGGACCGACGCAGCAGGACUGCUUGUCAUGUUCCGAUCCGGCCGCUUUGCUCAAAGACGGAGUUUGUGUCUCCGAAUGCGGCGCAGGAUACUACAACCAGGAAGGAAUCUGUUACGCUUGUGGUUCGUCCUGUGCCUCCUGUUUCCCUGACAACCCCAAAUGUAUGAGCUGCCCCGCCGGGACUGCUUUGCAUCAUGGGAAGUGUGUUACUCAGUGUCCGGCGCAGCAUUACAUGGACAGCCGCAGCAGAUGCAGAGCCUGCCACAUGUCCUGCGCUUCCUGCUGGGGCCCGUCGGUGGCCCAGUGCACUUCCUGUCCAGCGGGUCUUCUGCUCCACCAGGGCCAGUGUGUGGAGGACUGCGGCGACGGCCUGUACCCUCAGGACAGCAGCUGCCACAACUGCCAUCCGUCCUGCCGGUCCUGUGUCGGGCCGCUCGCCUCAGACUGCCGCCGCUGCCUGAAGCCAGAGGAGGUUUUCCUGCCGCAGGAUUUUCUCCUCCAGCGUGGCGUCUGCAUAGCCGCAUGUCCCGCUCACAGCUUUCUGGACGGCCUGCAGACGUGCAGAGAUUGCCAUCCGUCCUGUUUGCGCUGCGGCGGCCCGUCGGACGCAGACUGCUCCUCCUGUUCGUCGCCAUCCAGCCUGUUUGAGGGUCGCUGCGUUCAGACAUGCCCACAGGGCUUCUUCGCCCGGGACGGCCAAUGCCAAGCAUGUCAUCCGUUGUGCCAGACCUGCUCCGGCCCAUCCCAGGCGGACUGCACCUCCUGUCCCCCGGGGGGCGCCCUGCAGAGUGGCUACUGCACCACGGGCUGCCAGGAGGGCCGCUUCCUCAGCGCCGUCACCACAGAGUGCCUCCAGUGCAGCUCCGACUGCCAGCGCUGCACGGCGGACCUCCAGACCGGCGUUGGCAGCGUGUGCCUGUGGUGCAAAGCGGCGAGGACGUGGCUGCUUGGCGAUCACUGCGUCUCUUUCUGCCCCUCCGAUCAUUAUGCGUGGCACGGAGCCUGCAUCAAAUGCCAUCCUUCAUGCGAGUCCUGCAGUGGGGCGGGGCCUCUGUCCUGUACUUCCUGUCCCACCAAAAGUGUCCUGCUGCCCUCUGGCCUCUGCGCUGCCAGAUGCCCCGUUGGUUACUAUGACAACGGUCAUCGGCUCUGUCAAGCCUGUGACAGACAGUGCCUGACAUGCGACACCGCUGGGGUUUGUACGUCCUGCCGUGACCCGACCAAGGUGCUGCUCUUCGGAGAAUGCCAGUACGACAGCUGCGCCCAUCAGUACUACCUCAACACGACGACCCGCGCCUGUAGAGAGUGUGACUGGAGCUGCAACGCCUGUAAAGGCCCUCUGCGAACUGACUGCCUGCAGUGCAUGGAGGGAUACGUGCUGCAGGACGGCGUGUGCGCCCAGGGCUGCUCCGUCGGAUCUUAUCAGGAUGGAGACAGAUGCUUCGGCUGUGACGAUCACUGCGUGAAGUGCAACAGUCCUGGGAAAUGUCUGGAAUGCCAGCCUCCCUACGCCACUCUCCAGGGACAGUGUGUCCUGCAAUGUGGCAGAAAUUAUUACCUGGAUUCCUCAUCACAAGUCUGCAAGUCUUGCUCCUCGGACUGCGUCCAGUGCGACGGCGUUGGACGCUGCUUAGUGUGUCGUGACCAGACUUUCCUGAUGGAAGGAUACUGCACCCCCGACUGUGGACAUGGAUAUUAUGCCGAUCAGAAGACGAGAACCUGCCAUGUGAACCGCCACAGCCCUGUCCUCCACAUCAACGGCUCCCUGCUGGUUCCCAUCGGUGGCUCCGCCCCCCUGCUGCCCUCUCUGCUGGAGGUCAGGGACCCCGACAGUCCCUCUGGGCGCAUGAGCUUCCAGCUUGUUCAGGAACCAAACAACGGCCGUUUGGUCCUGUUAACAGAGGAGGAAGCAGGAGAAAAUGGAGGGAAAACGAGGCGAGAGCUACACAAAGACGACACCUUCACGUGGGCACAGCUGCAGCGUGGCCGGGUCCACUUCACACACCUGAGAAACAAAGCCAGGACUGGUGAGUUCACCUUACGGGCCGCUGAUCCCCAGAUGUUUUCUCAACCGGCUGCAGUUCAGGUUCAUGCCGUGUCCAUGCAGCCCCCCAGAGUGGUGACCCUCGCUCCGUUGACCUUAGAGGAGCCCGGUGGCCUGGCUGCCAUCACCAAAUCGGUGCUGCACAUCAACGACCCCGACAACCCCGCUGACGUCCUGGUCAUGGUCCUCGAACCGCCCCGUCAUGGCCGGCUGACCCGUCUCCACGGCGACCGCGCCCUGAGCAGAUUCAAGCUGGAGGAGCUCUCCAGGGAGCAGAUCCAGUACGUCCACGACGGCUCGGCGGCAGAGGACGGCGCUGUGCUGCAGGUGAAUGACGGCCACAGCUACAGGAACGUCCUGCUCCAGGUCCGGAUAGUCCAGAAGCCUCAGGAUUCUCCUCAUCUGGUGUCUCUGCCGAUGACCUGGGUGAAGGAGGGAGGCACGGUGCGGCUCGAUAAGAAGUACCUGCAGACAGACGUUAAAGGAGUCGGCGCCGACGAUAUCAUCUACACCAUCCUGGCCUCGGAGGGGCAACCCAAACAUGGGGAGGUGGUGCUUGUGUCCAUGCCGGCUGACAGCCCCCCAGAGGGCUGGCAUCCCUCCCUGAUGGACGACCAGCUCUUCACGCCGACGGCGUCUUUCACCCAGCAGGACGUGAACGACGGCACCGUCUGGUACCGCCACUUCGGCUCCAGCUACGACAGCGACUCCUUCCAGUUCCAGGUUUCCUCGGACGUUUCUCCUCUCAUUCAGAGCGAUGCCCAGACGUUCACCAUCGGCGUUUUGCCUCAGAUGCCGGGAUUCCCGCAGCUGGCCCCGGACUGCGACCUGCAGAUCACCGCUCUGGAGGAUCAGGUGACAGAAGUAACGCCUUCAGCGCUCUCCUUCAUCGAUUCUGGGACUCCCAGCGAAAAGCUCGUCUAUAACGUCACCAAGCCGCUUUUACCGGGACAAGGACUCCUCGAGCAUCGGGACCGGCCGUACAAGGCAGUGCAGCAUUUCACACAGGCUGACGUCAACAAGGGGAAGAUAAUCUACCGACCGCCGGCAGCGCCGUCCCACCUCCAGGAGCUCUACCAGUACUCCUUUACUGGCCUGCCGGAGUCGCUGAGCAUUUAUUUCACAGUGUCGGACGGCGAACACACCACUCCUGAGCUGGACUUUGUGAUCCUGCCGCUGUCGAACCACCAGCAGCCGCCGGUGUUUCAGGUCCUGGACCCGCUGCUGGAAGUCCAGCUGGGGGGACAAGCUGCAGUCGGAGGUCAGCAGCUGGCGGUGAGCGACGCCGACACGGCGCCGGACGACCUGGAGUUUGAGCUGGUUGACGCUCCCAUCCACGGAGAGCUGAUGAGGAGGGACGACAACGUCCGCAUGAGUAACGGCGACACUUUCUCCUUCGCCGACGUCACCCACCAAGUCCUGCUCUACCGGCACGCCGGCCUCUCCACCCAGGACGACGCCAUGUCCUUCUCGGUCAGUGACGGCAUCUCCAUGGCGACCACGGUGGUGCAGGUGACGGUGCUGGACGGAGCGGGCGACGGGCCACAGAGAGACCCGGCAGCUACGCUGUCGCUGGAAGUGGGAGAGAAAAGCAGCACAGUCAUCAGACGCUCACACCUGGCCUACACAGACAACACGUCCUCUGACGACCAGAUCCACAUCCAGCUGGUGUCGGUGCCGAUGUACGGCGUCCUGACCAGGACUUCCUCCCAGCAGGAGGCGCAGGAGCUGAGGGAGUAUUCCUCCUUCAGCCAGGAGGACGUCAACCUGCACAGGAUCAGGUACGUCACGUCGCUGGAGACGGGAAGCCAGCCGGUGACGGACGUCUUCCAUUUCGUUGUUCACGACGAAGACAGCAAUCGCCUCGACAACCAGAUGUGCACAAUCACCAUCACGGCCUCGCCCAGACAGCCGCCGGUGGUCACUGUGCAGGGCGGCAUCAAGGUCCAGGAAGGCGGCCGUGUUCUGCUGUCGACCAAUCACAUCACAGUAUCGGACGUGGAAACGCCACAGACCGAGCUGCAGGUUUGGCUCGUCAGCCCUCCCAAAUACGGCUUCAUCGAAAACACAAAAAGAGGUGGCUCGGUGGGCGGCUCGCGCGCUGUGACUCCAGAUGUUCCUUUCUCUGUGGAGGAUUUGGUUUCUGAUCACGUCUUCUACGUCCAGGACAGCCAGCAAAAGGCCAGCCAGGACGUCUUCAGCUUCUACAUCAGCGACGGGUACAGCCAGACGGAGACGUUCAGUGUGGAGAUCAACAUCCAGAGUAAAAUCGACUCUGAGUUGACGGUUUCCGUCAGCAGCGUCCAUGUUGAGGAAAACUCCGGCGUCGUCGUCACCAACUCGUCUCUCAGCGUUUACGACGGCGACAAGCCGGAAAACGAACUCGUCUUCACCGUCGUCAGGAUCCCAACCUAUGGAAAACUUCGCCGGCGGCAGUUCUACUCUCAGCCACUGGAAAACGGGCGCGUCCUCACACAGGGAUCCACCUUCACCUACCAGGACGUUCUGGACCGGCUGCUGGUCUACACGCCCGAAACCGUCAGUGGGGGAGCCGACGAAAUGGGCUUCACCCUCACUGACGGCACGCAGACCCAGACGGGCCUGCUGCAGUUCACCAUGGACGUCAGGAGGAGCGAGGGGCCGCGAAUGACCGUCAACAGAGGCCUGCAGCUUCCUGCAGGAACUUCGUCUAAAAUCUCGGAGCAGAACCUGAAGGGCUCCGACGUCGACUCAGACAACCUGAAGCUGCGCUACAUCCUGACCAAAGACCCGCCGGCGGGGAAGCUGCAGCUGGGCCGCGGCAGCCAUGUGGAGAAGGUUUCUGUCAAAGGUCCCGUUCAGAGCUUCACGCAGGAGGACGUCAACCAAGGCCUGCUGCGGUUCAGCCACGAGAAAGGCGAGAAAGGAGGCAGCCUGUCUUUCAAGUUCAACCUGGUGGAUCCCGAGGGCAACAAACUGAUCGACCAGUCGUUCUUCAUCAGCGUUCUCGAGGAUCAUCUUCCUCCCUCUGUGGUGGCCAACAAAGGCCUAGUGCUGGAUGAAAACUCGGUGAAGAAGCUGACCACGCUGCAGCUGUCGGCCAGCGACCAGGACAGCGAACCGGGCGAACUCGUCUACCGGAUCACCAAGCAGACGAGCCUGGGGCAGCUGGAGCACGUCACCAACCCAGGAACCAGAAUCAGUUCCUUCACUCAGGCUGAUCUGGCGUCUCGCAGCAUCCAGUAUGUUCAUACCAGCGAAGAAGAAAAACACGCUGACCAGUUCUCCUUCACCGUGUCCGACGGGACAAACGAGGUUGCUCAGACUUUCUACAUCACCAUGAAGCCAGUGGACGACUCGCUGCCGCUGCUACAGGUUCCUGGCAUGAGAGUCCAGGAGGGCGUGAGGAAAACCAUCACUGAGUUUGAGCUGAAGGCCACAGACGCAGACACAGAGGCGGAGUACGUCGUCUUCACCGUCGUCCAGCCUCCCCGCCACGGGACCAUCGAGCGCAGCAGCAACGGCCAGCACUACCGGCAGACCGGCACCUUCACCAUGGACGACAUCUACCAGAACCGCAUCAGCUACAACCACGACGGCUCCAACUCGCUCAAAGACCGCUUCACCUUCACCGUGGCCGACGGCACCAACGUCUUCUUCAUGGUGGAGGAGGCCGACAAGGAGAUUGUGACAGCUGCUCCUCAGAAGUUUAAAAUCGAUAUUCUUCCGGUGGACGACGGAACGCCGCGGAUCGUCACCAACUUGGGAUUGCAGUGGCUGGAAUACAUGAACAACAAGGCCACCAAUCUAAUCACAAAGAAAGAGCUGCUGACGAUGGACCCAGACACUGACGACGGACAGCUGGUGUAUGAAAUCACAGCAGAGCCCAAACACGGAUUCCUGGAGAGCAAGCUCAAACCUGGCAACCCCGUCAACACGUUCACACAAGCUGAUGUCAACCUGGGUCUGAUCCGCUACGUGCUGCGUCAGGAGAACGUCCAGGAAACCAUGGACACCUUCAAGUUUCUGGUGAAAGACAGCAAACCCAACGUGGUCAGCGACAACGUCUUCCACAUCCAGUGGUCCCUCAUCAGCUUUGAGCACAAAAGCUACAACGUGAGCGAGAAAGCCGGAACCGUAGCCGUGACGGUGAAGCGCAGCGGAAACCUCAACCAGUACGCCAUCGUCCUCUGUCGCACCGAACAGGGCAGCGCCGUCUCCACCAGCAGCACCGGAACGCGACCCGAACAGCAGGACUACGUGGAAUACGCCGGACAGGUCCAGUUUGACGAACGCGAAGACACCAAGGUUUGCACCAUAGUGAUCAACGACGACAAGGUGUUUGAGGGGGUGGAGAGCUUCCACGUGGAGCUCAGCAUGCCGGUGUACGCGCUGCUCGGGGCAAACACGCGCGCCGUCGUCAACAUCAACGACACGGAGGACGAGCCAACGCUGCAGUUUGACAAGAAGACUUACCACGUUAACGAAAGCAGCGGCUUCUUCAGCGCGCCCAUCGAGAGGAAAGGCGACGCCUCCAGCACCGUGUCGGCUCUCUGCUACACCGUCUCCAAGUCGGCGAAGGGCAGCAGCCUCCACGGCCUGGAGUCCGGCUCCGACUACAAGAGCCGCGGCAUGAGCGGCGACAACCGCGUCAUCUUUGGGCCCGGCGUCAGCAUGUCCACCUGCGACGUGAAGCUCGUCGACGACAGCGAGUACGAACUGUCCGAGGAGUUCGAGCUGGUGCUGUCGGACGCCUCCGACAACGCCCGCGUGGGCGACGUGUCGUCGGCCAAGGUCGUCAUCGACGGACCCAACGACGCGUCGACUGUGACGCUUGGAAAUGCGACCUUUACGUUCAGUGAAGAUGCUGGAACCAUAGAGAUACCGGUGUUGCGCCAGGGAAGCGACCUGUCCUCUGUGACGUCUGUGUGGUGCGCUACCAGACCUCUGGACCCGCCGUCGGCCAUCCCAGGAGUCGACUACAUCCCCAGCUCCAAGAAGGUGGAGUUCAAACCUGGAAAAACUGAGGAGACCUGCAGUUUGACCAUCAUGGACGACAUUCAGAACCCGUCCAUCGAAGGUCCGGAGUCCUUCGUUAUCUUCCUCAGUUCUCCGCAGGGGGCGGUCCUUCAGGAACCCUACGAAGCCGACAUCGUCAUCACCGACACCUUCCAGGACAUUCCUACCAUGCAGUUUGGCAAAACCUCCUACACCGUGAAGGAGAAGGACACCGUCCUCCAUGUCCCCAUCAUCCGGACCGGAGACCUGUCCUUCAAGUCGUCGGUGCGGUGUUUCACUCGGACCAUGUCUGCCAUGGUGAUGGAUGACUUUGUGGAGAGGAGGAACGCUGACGAAUCCCGAAUCACUUUCCUCAAAGGAGAGAAGGUGAAGAACUGCACGGCUCACAUCAACGACGACUCCGUCUUCGAGCCUGAGGAGGAAUUCCAGCUCCAUCUUGGAACGCCGCAGGGCGACCACUGGAGCGGGGCGAUGAUUGGAGCCAGUGACAUCGUGACGAUCACCAUCACCAAUGAUGAGGAUGCUCCCACCAUCGAGUUUGAACAGGCGUCCUACCAGGUCAGAGAGCCGCCCGGCCCAGACGGCGUCGAGGCGCUCAACAUCAAGGUGAUCCGCCAUGGAGACCUGGACCGAACGUCCAAGAUCCGCUGCAGCACCAGGGACGGAUCGGCCCAGUCUGGAGUGGACUACAAUCCCAACAGUCGGGUCCUGAAGUUCACGCCUGGAACGGACCACAUCAUGUUCAAGGUGGAGAUUCUGUCUAAUGAAGACCGAGAGUGGCAUGAAUCCUUCUCCCUGGUGCUUGGUCCUGAUGAUCCGGUGGAGGCCGUGCUGGGUGAAAUCACCACGGCGACGGUGACGAUUCUGGACCAAGAGGCUGCAGGGAGCCUCAUCCUCCCCGCCCCACCUAUAGUGGUUUCAGUGGCCGACUACAAUCACGUUCAGGAGGUGACCAAAGAAGGCAGCAAGAAAACUCCCUCCCCUGGCUACCCUCUGGUCUGCGUGACCCCCUGCGACCCCCACUACCCGAAGUUCUCCGUGAUGAAGGAGCACUGUGAGGAGGCGGGAAUCAACCAGACACAGGUUCACUUCUCCUGGGAGGUGGCGGCUCCCACCGACUCUAGCGGAGCGCGCUCCCCGUUUGAGACGGUGACAGACACAACGCCGUACACCAGCGUCAACCACAAGGUUCUGGACAGCAUUUACUUCAGCCGUCGCUUCCACGUCCGCUGUGUGGCUCAGGCCCGGGAUAAAGCCGGCCACCUGGGAACGCCGCUGCGGAGCAACAUCAUCACCAUCGGCACGGACGGCUCCAUCUGCCACACCCCCGUUACCACGGGAACCGCCAGAGGCUUCCAGGCCCAGUCCUUCAUCGCCACGCUUAAAUACCUGGAUGUGAAGCACAAAGAGCACCCCAACCGCAUCCACAUCUCGGUGCAGAUCCCACAUCAGGACGGCAUGCUGCCGCUGGUGUCCACCAUGCCGCUGCACAACCUGCACUUCCUGCUGUCAGAGUCGAUCUACAGGCAGCAGCACGUCUGCUCCAACCUGGUCACCAUCGGAGAGCUGCAGGGCAUUUCUGAGUCUGGCUUCCUGGAUGACGUUUCCUACGACAGCAUCUCUCUUGGUCCAGGCUACGACCGCCCCUACCAGUUUAACCCCAACGUACGGGAGGCCAAGAGCAUCCAGCUCUACAAGCACCUGAACCUGAAGAGCUGCAUCUGGACCUUUGACGCCUACUACGACAUGACCGAGCUCAUCGACGUCUGCGGCGGCUCCGUCACCGCUGAUUUCCAGGUUCGGGACUCGGCUCAGUCCUUCCUGACUGUGCAGGUUCCUCUCUACGUCUCCUACAUCUACGUGACGGCGCCCAGAGGCUGGGCCUCUCUGGAGCAUCACACCGAGAUGGAGUUCUCCUUCUUCUACGACACGGUGCUCUGGAGGACAGGGAUCCAGACUGACAGCGUCCUUUCAGCCAGACUGCAGAUCAUCAGGAUCUUCAUCAGAGAGGACGGCCGGCUUGUGAUCGAGUUCAAAACUCACGCCAAAUUCAGAGGUCAGUUUGUUCUGGAUCACCACACUCUGCCGGGUCACAAAUCUCGCCUGAUGGCCCCCGACCACCUGGGGGGCAUCGAGUUCGACAUGCAGCUUCUGUGGAGCGCACAGACCUUCGACUCGCCGUAUCAGCUGUGGAGGGCCACCAGCUCCUACAGCAGGAAGGACUACUCUGGGGAGUACACCGUCUUCUUGAUCCCGUGCACUGUUCAGCCGACCCAGCCCUGGAUCGACCCGGGAGAUAAACCUCUGUCCUGCACGGCUCACGCUCCAGAGAAGUUCCUCGUUCCGAUCGCCUUCCAGCAGACCAACCGGCCCGUUCCGGUUGUUUACUCCCUCAACACGGAGUUCCAGCUGUGCAACAACGAGAAGGUUUUCCUGCUGGAUCCAGCCUCCGCCGACGUCUCCAUGGCUGAGAUGGAUUACAAGGGAGCCUUCUCCAUGGGCCAGACUCUGUACGGCAGAGUGCUGUGGAACCCGGAGCAGAACCUGAACGCAGCAUACAGGCUGCAGCUGGAGAAGGUCUACCUGUGCACGGGGCGGGAUGGCUACGUUCCCUUCUUCGAUCCCACUGGGACCCUGUACAAUGAGGGGCCGCAGUACGGCUGCAUCCAACCCAACAAACAUCUCAAACAUCGCUUCCUGCUGCUGGAUCGUAAACAGCCGGACGUAUGCCACAAGUUUUUUCACGACGUUCCGUUCGAGGCAGAUUUUGCCUCCGACGUCCCAGAGCUGCAGGCCAUGGCAGCCAUGCCGGGCGUCGACGGCUUCACCAUGAAGGUGGACGCUCUUUACAAGGUGGAGGCGGGCCACCAGUGGUACCUGCAGGUGAUCUACGUCAUCGGCCCAGAGUCGCGCUCCAGCCCCAGGAUUCAGCGCUCGUUGACGUAUCAGGUGAGCCGCUCCAAACGCGACCUGGUGGACCGCAGCGGGCGCCUGACGCUCGACGAGUCGCUCAUCUACGACAACGAGGGCGACCAGGUGAAGAACGGCACCAACAUGAAGUCGCUGCGCCUGGAGGCCGGCCCGUCCGCCACCUUCAACGCCCACGUGGGCAGCUCCAUGGGCGGGGGCGUGGCCGCCAUCACCCUGCUGGUCCUGGCGCUGCUGGCUUCCUGCUUCCUGUUCCGCCGCUGCAGGCGGUCGGCCAAGAAGGCGACGAAGACGCCGAAGGCCUACGAAGAGUAUCCGCUCAACACCAAGGUGGAGGUGUGCAUGGACAAGUGCGUGGAGAAGAACUUCGGCACGAAGCACUGCACCGUUAGGAACGUCAACAUCAACCGCAACCAGGAGCCGAACGGCAAAGUGAAGCAGGUCAACCUGGAGGUCAAAAUCCACAACAACCUCGGCGACGGCACCGAGGUCUGAGACACUCGCUGCGUUUCCGUUAGCUUCUUUUCUGUCACAUGUGAGCAAAACUUUGUCAGUAUUCCACUUAUACUGAAAAGACACAACUACGCAGUUGCAGUGUUUCCGCUAAAUAUGAAACGCAAUUAAAGUCACACGAGAAUAAGUUUCUUUACGAGACAAGUCAU